CGCUAUACUCGUUCAGUCUUGCCGCCGCUUCCAGCUCGACACGACAUAUUUUAAGGUGACUUGUGUGUGUGCUAAUCAGUGCUUCAUUAUUGCUUACUUGUGUGCUGAUAAAGUAGCAGUUAUCCUUAAAAUUUCGAGAUGGCAGACGUAGAAGCUAAGUCCGUCAGCACAACCGAGAAGAAGGUUGCCGAGGAGGAAGCGACGAAGGAGGUCGCUAAAGAUACCAAACCAGAGGACAAUGUAAGUCCGGUGAAAAACGCCGAGAAGAUCGAAACAGAGGCGGAAGAGGUCACCAACGACGACGAAGAUUCCAAGGCGUCAGAGAACGGCAAAUCCGAGGAUGCCAAAGAGAAUGGCUCGAGCGAGGAGAAGGAGGUUGAUGAAAAGGAAACCGAAUCCACCAAUGGCGAUUCCACGGAUGCACCCACUGACAAUGUCUGCUGCAUCAAGAGGAAAUCGACAGGUGGCGAGGUAACCGACGACGCGGCAAAGGAUGUCGUUUCGCCAAAGAAGGCAAAGAUCGACGAGGAUUUGCCAGCGACCAAGGUCGGAGCCAAUGGUCAAGUGUAAAAACACUUUCACAUUGUCAACUCAUCCCUCCCCCGCCCCUUAGGUCUAACCUUCUUAGACAAAGAUUUUUACACCGUCUGAUUUUUGGAAAUUACAAACAGUAAUAACAAUGACUAUGUUAUAUAGAGGAACAAGUUCAAAGCCGGACAGAGAUAAGUGCGAUGUUCGAAUUUCACAUCAUCAUACACGUACACAUUUGCGCACUCACGCAGUCAUAUCCGCAUAAUAAUUGUAAUAGACGUACCGACAUACACGAACACACGCAAAUACAAAUUCCCCUCCAAACAUGAAAGACAUAUAAGAAAUAGUGUCGUUUUUAUGUACUUCUCUCUCUCCCUCCCUCUCUCUUUCUCUCUCUCUCUCUCUCUCUCUCUCUCUCUCUCUCUCUCUCUCUCUCUCUCUCU